AUGGUUAAACAAGACCGCAAAUAUCGUCUUGGGCUUGGUGCUGCUUUUGGGCACCAUGACAAGAAGGCCGUCGUGCCCCGCGCAGACUCCUGUCUCACUGGAGGCUUCUACAUCUCGCCCACAGCGAACCAAGUGAUCGACACGUCCUCGUCGUUCAACAUCACAUGGGACAGCACCUGCAUCUCGUCGGACUACGUCGACAUCCUCCUCUACGACCCCUCCGCCGCCUCCUCCAACAUCCACACCUGGGGCAAAGUGUACAACAAAUACGGCACCUACGAGACCACGCUCUCGCCCGCCUGGUGGAACUCCACGAGCUCCGCCCAGCUCUACCUCAACAUCCUCGCCACCGGCACACAGCCCUUCCAGUCGAACUUACCCGCCGGGCCGGUGUUCAACGCGUCGGUCUCGGCUUCGUCCGACUCGUCGUCGAGCAGCACGGACACGUCCGCCUACACCCAAGUCAACAACGGGCCCUCGACAUCCUCCGCCUCCCACGGCCUCUCCAAAGGCGCCACAGCCGCCGCCGUCAUCUUACCAUUGCUCGCCAUCGGCGCCCUAGUCGCCUUCGCGUACAUCCGCAUCAAGCGCGGCGUCGAGAAGGAGAAACGCCGCCGCUUCUCGGUGGCCGUCGACUCGCGCAUGAGCACCAUCAACCCGGACUGGGCGAGCAUCACGCCCGCCGGCGCGGCCGCGGCCGUGCGCAACAGUAUGGCCGUCGACGGCAACGGGAACCGCAUGAGCUCGUUCUCGUAUGGCGGCGUUAGGCCUAUGAGCACGGCUUCGGCUAUGGUCGACGGCGGACAGGCUGGGAUCGGCGCGCGCGGGCUGGGCGGGAUCGGGAUUGGCGGGACACAGGCGAUUCAGAGCCAGAGCCAGGACGAGAUGCGCCAGGUCGGCAGUGCGCGCACCGUUGGGACGGGCCUGCGCAACCCGGCGCAGACGUCGGCUAUCCUAGCCGAACGCGUCAGCCGCGUGAGCUUCGCCCCCGAUACGCGCCCGAGCAUGGACAGCGUCUCGCGCAAGAGCGUCGCGAGCCGCGCGUACCACACCGCCAUCGUCCCGCCGCUGCCCACGCGCAACGACAGCGCGAAUGGGUCUGAUACCACGGGGUCGGGCAGUAUGAGCCCCACGCAGACGCAGGGCGCGGUGCCGCUCAGCGCGGAGGACAUCCGCGCGCGGAUCAACGCGGGCAACGAGAACGCGCCCGUGCGGCCCAGCAUGGACGAGGUGAUGCCCGCGCUCCGCAUGAUGCGCACGUCCGACGGCGAGGAGCUCUUCCCGUCCUACCCGAGCGCCCCAUCACACGUAACCCAGUUCGGCGCGCCCGUCAGCCCGCCGGCUGUCCCGCCCACGAGCGCCAGCACCGGCGCGAGCAGCAUGAGCAGCUUUAUGCCGAUGGCGUCUGCCAGCAUGAACCCCGACGACAUGUUGAGGGCGUAUGCUGGGCGCCGUGUCGCCAGCCCGCCGCCGGCUGCGGCGGGCGUUACGCAGCCGAUGCCGACGUAUACGGGGCUGUACCCUUCUACGCCUGCGGGUGCGAUGGAUGAUCCGUCGAGGAAGAGUAUGGCGCCGACCGAGGGGAGCCGGUAUAGUCAUUAUACGGGCGAGGACGUUUACGGCGGGAUCUAA